AUGGGUUCAUUGGGCUCCCUGACCUCACCAAGCUCUGAAGGCUCACCCGGAUCGGGGUAUUUUGUAGAUGGCAACCCAUGUGACUUUGAUCCAGAGUGGUGGGAACCAGGCACGCUGCCAAAGCGGCAUCCCGAGACGCACCUCGAUGUGUUGAUCGUAGGUGCUGGUCUGGCCGGGUUGAUGACGGCUUUGGAGUGCUGGCGGCGCGGGCACAACGUGGUCGGCAUUCUGGAGCGAAGCCAUGGGCCAGUCUAUGCGGGUGCGUUUCUCCCCUCUCAUUCCAACCACCAUUUCAUUCGAGGAGCUGACGUCCUGACUUUCGGUCGGCCUGCAGGAGACAUCAUCGUCAUCGGCCCAUCGGCCACCGCGGCAUUUAGACACUGGCCCGACAUGAUGCGCGAGCUCGAAGCAGACCAACACGACAGCACCAUGUCAUACUACACGCACAACGGCGAGCUCAUCCUCGGGCCCACGCAGCUCGGAUUCAACGAUCCAAAGUACAUGGCGGAGCGAGAGGGUCAUCCCGUCACGGCACCGCAUCAGGUGCGGAGGAAGUUCUUCCAAAUGCUGUUACGCCAGGUCGCCCGCGUGGGCCUGCGAGUCGAGUACGGCCAACAGGUCGAGCGCUAUUUCGAGGACGAGAUUGCGAGGGUUGGCGGCGUGAUCACCAAGAGCGGCACGAUCCGCGUGGCCGACGUGGUUGUCGCCGCCGACGCGAACAAGACCAAAUCGGCCCUCUUGAUCGCGGGAUCCCACGCGCCGACGCAGUCCGCCGGCAUGUCCGUGUACCGCACGUCCAUGCCCACGGAACUCGCCAUGCAGAACGACGCGUUUAGAGCCCGAUGGGGCGCCGCGAUUGCGCGGAACGAGAUCUCGCACGAGUUCUGGACCGGCCCGGGCAUCCACAUGGGCCUGGUGGUUUCGCCAGAGUUCACGGCCUACGGGAUCACCCCGCGCGACAGCACCGUGCACAACGGGGGCAUUCAGCCGAUCGAGUCGUGGAAGCCGGACGUCGACCCGGCGGAAGUCAUAAAGGUGCUUCAGCGUCUGCCGGACUGGGAUCCCGCCGUUCUAGGUUUGGUGUCUGCGACGCCCAAGGGCCGGAUCAUCCACUGGCCGCUCCUCUGGCGCAACUUGCGGCGCGAGUGGACCUCCAAGGGCGGCCACGUCGUGCAAGUCGGCGAGGCCGCGCACAGCAGCUUGCCCGCCUCAGCCAGCGGGGGCACGCUGGCCAUCGAAGACGCCGUGACCCUCGCGGCGUGCUUGCAAUUGUCUUGCGCGGGUGGCGGCGGCGGUCGCGACGGUGGGGGUGGUGGCGCAAGACGCGCACCCACAGGCACCCGGAUCUACAACCUCCUCCGCUACGAGCGCGUCAGCUGUGCGCAAAAGAUGGCCUUCGUGAACGCCGAAGCGUUGGGUGAUGCGAACAUGGCCGAGAUCAGGCGCCACCCUGAAAAGAUCCGCGUGCGGUUCCCAGAGUGGCUGUUCCAUCAUGACCCGGAGGAAUACGUGUAUGAAAAGUAUGGGCUGGCUUUCGCGCACGUCGUGCUUGGGCGGGACAAGUUUGUGAAUACGAAUCUGCCGCCCGGUCACAAGUUCAGGCCGUGGACGAUCGAGGAGGUGAGGGAGGAUGCGAGGAGUGGGAAGCGCGUCGAGGAUCUUUUGGAUGGGGAUUGGUCUUAG